GGAAUGGUGGUGGGUCAGAUUCAAAUUUUCAAUGCAUGCUCAAGACCCUCGAGCGCUACCAAAAAUGCAGUUACAGUGCAUUGGAAACAAGCCAACCCGCCAAGGAGACAUAGGUAGCUUCGAAUGUCUCAUUCCUAACCAGAAUUUUGUUGAGAUGAGCAGCUACCAGGAAUACUUAAAACUCAAAGCAAGAGUUGAGGUCUUACAGCGUUCUCAGAGAAACCUUCUUGGGGAAGACUUGGGUCCACUAACUACAAAAGAGCUUCAGCAGCUUGAAAUGUCCUUGAAACAAAUUAGAUCAACAAAGGAACAAAUGCUCCAAGAAGCAAACAGAACCUUAAGAAGGAAGAAACUAGUUGUGAAAAUCCCCUUCGGCUGACAUGGGAAGCUGGUGGGCAAAGCAUUUCAUAUAGCCGCUAGGCUGCUCAAUCAGAGGGGUUCUUCCAACCAUUGGAAUGCAAUUCAACAUUGCAAAUUGGGUACAACUCUGUGGGACCAGAUCAAAUAACUGUUACAACCUCAACCCAGAAUGUGAAUGGCUUCAUUCCUGGAUGGAUGCUUUGAGUUCUGAAUAAUAAGUUGAAGCCAUAAGCAUGCUUCCUACUAGUUAUAUAUGUCAUAUUGGAGCAAAUAAGUUAGUGGAGGUUUAUCCAGUUGUUGCUUUGGAUAAUGCUAUUUAGGCCUCUUGUGGCUUAAUUGGACAAUAUUUACAUGUAUUUAUCUCUUACAAAGUUGGUCAUGUGUUUUACUAUCUCAAUGAAUGUUACAAGAGCAAAGUUUAUUGGUUUGAAUGGAAUUUCAGG